UGCAGCUGCAGUGCCACCUCUAGCAGUGAGCGUCGUUCAGACAGUCGAAGAAAAAAACAACAAAUAUUUGCAUGUGCAAUAAACCAAACGUAAAUAGCAUUUCGCCAACCACUGAGCCGUCGGGAAAAUGGCUGCGGCCGGAAGCAACGUCCGCUGCAUCAACUUCUACGAUUUGUGCCGCAUCUGCACGGACAGCAGCGAUCACAAGACGAACAUCUACUCGCCCGAGGGACGCGCCAAGAACCUGAGCAACAAGAUUCUUGAGUGCCUCUCGCUACAGAUCGAUGAGAAGGAUCGCUUGCCCAAGGUGGUGUGCGCCCAGUGCGUGCAGCAGGUGGAGCAGAUCCACGGACUUCGCGCCACUUGCCGCAACUCGCAGACGAUGCUGAGCAACUGCCUCAACAUCCGCCCGGCGCCGAGUAGCGAAAAGCUGUACAUCCGGGACGCGGUCGACGAGUCCGGCAAGAGCCUAAGCGUGACGCAGACGGCUUCAGCAGCGUCCGUCGGAGCUCAGCAGUCUGGAAAUCUCCUGAGCAGCAUCAUCCAGGCGGUGGGAAUGCAGCCCCAGCAGCAGUACACCAUCACGGUGGACAACGGGGUACAGCAGCAGCAACCUUUGCCGGAAGCGCAAGUCAAAACCGAGAGGCAGACUGCUUUGGAGGAGUUCAUCCGCCUCAAGCCGGACAUCAAGAUAACGCCGCUGGGGAAGAAGGAGGCUAUUACACCUGCCAAACCCCAGCAGCCUCCUCCUCUCCAACCGCAGACAGUGACGACUACAGUAAACACUCCCCAGUUGCAGCUACAGCCGCAGCUGGGAGAUCAACUGCAACCCCUCUGGCAACAGAUACAGCAGCUGCAACUGCAGCAGCAGCUACAGCAACUCACAAACCAGCUGCAGGCCACCACUCAGUUCACCGCCACCCAGGAGGAUGUCGGCAAUCCUGGCGACAGUAAAAAGCCGAAGUUGAACUUUGUGCUCUCUUCCCAAUCGGCGCCACAAUUCACCACCUCUCUGCCGCAGUUUACGGGAGGUCAGCCGCAGAUCCAGCUGCAGUUGAUGCCCGGUGGAGGUGGAGUGACGAAUGCGACGACAGCGUCGUCCCAGACGCAGUUUAAUGCCGCUGCUCUACUCUCUAGUCUGGCGGCUCCGCAAUCAGCUCCCAAUAUGCUCUCACCAAACAAAUGUUUUCUACCCAUCACCAUUCGGGACGAGAACUCCGACCAGCAGAUCGUGGCGCAUAUAGACACUAAAAACCUAGUGCUGCCCACCACCUACCAAGUACAGAUGAAGCUACAGCCUCAGCUGGCCACUGCCGACGGUCAGCCGAUUAUGCAGCUGACACCCACCUCCAUUCCGGCCACGCUGCAGUUGACACCGCAGACUCUGGGAAAUCCGGGAAGCAAUUUCCAGGGCACGGCUGUGGCGCAAACCCAGUUUCUGGCGCCGCAGCCUCAGCCUGUCCAACAACAACAACCGCUUACACAACUGCCUAACACGGCACAAGUGACCUCUCAGCAAAUCAUAAGAUCUCCACAGACCAGCACCACCAAUCCGCAGUUGGUGAUAAGGAACGUGACCAAUAUCCCAACGACUCCGACCACUCCCACGAGCACCAAAGAGGCGCCUGCUUUUAAGACUCCCCCGCCAAAGCAAAGACAAAUGCCAUCGCCGAAGAGCAAACCUCCAGUGGUCUCUCCCUCAGGAGGAAGCAUUACUCCAGCCACCAACGAAUUUAAGCGCCUGAUGGUCCAGGCAAAGCAGCAACCGCAGGCAAAGCAACAGCAGCCCGCAGGAGCCGCUGUACCCUCUCAGACAACGACCUCGGCCAAUCAGGCUGCCAUGCAGCGACUCUCCUCGAACACAACCAUCACUAAGGUAACCAAGCAGCCCGUUUCUGUGCCAUCACCGGCUCCAGCACCCACUCCCGCCAAGUUGCCCAUGCUAAACAAGCAGAAUAUCACCAUCAGUCGAAUCUCAAUGCAAACAGCGCCUAAGCCGCAAAUGAAGUCUCCUGCGGCAGCCGUUUCUCCUGCUUCCCAGCCCAUUCCUCUGCCCGUUCCCGCACUAAACCAAGCCCAGCCGCCUCCAUUGGCGUCGCAGCACAAGAAGGUCGUGCGCAAGCCACCCGAAAAUCAGGAAUCGCCCGGGCAGAAAGCGAAACCAGCGCGGUCACCCCAACAGAUUCUGCCUUCGCCAAAUCAGGAGGGGGAGGGGGGCUCUGCUAACGAUGCGUUUUUGCCACCCUCAUCCCUUACUUGUCCCACCUGCAAACGUGAGUUCAAGAAGAAAGAGCAUCUCACCCAGCACGUGAAGCUGCACGCGGGCUUGCGACCCUUCAAGUGCUCGGAGGAGGGCUGCGACAAGACCUUCAGCCGCAAGGAGCACCUUUCUCGCCACUUGAUCUCCCACUCGGGCCAAAAGAUGUACACCUGCGUCUGCAAGAAGCCCUUCUCGCGAAAGGACAACCUCAACAAGCACAAGCGGAUUCACACGCAGCCGGCCAACGAAACGCUUUACUGUUGCGAUGUUUGCAAUAAGAAUUUCGCCACCAAGCUGCACUACGAAAAGCAUCGGGAAAUGCACAAGAAAACUCGACCGGAGAGUGGCCGGCUGCUCCCGGCCACUUCUGCACCUGCCCAGGUCCGUAGCAAUGGUCAGGUUCCCAGUAAGGUUUACGAAAUCAAGCAACAACGCACUGCUCAGCAGCAAACGCAAACACAAACGCAGCCGGCGCAGAUCAUGCAUGUGGUAACCACCCAGGACCUGGCCGGAAACACCAUAACGAUCACCCAAGCACCCGACUCCAAUAUGCCUGCAUCGCUGGCCAAUUACGUACAGCUGGGCUUCUCCCAGUACCAGAAUUCCAGCACACCAGCCGCCAAGUAAUUAUUCUGAAAGCUCGAGAAGUACUCAAUUUUACCUCGUGUCCUAGUCCGCGAUCUGUUCCACCUCAUGGUCGCCAGUUCCUUAAUGCUUUUAAUUUUCGUUUAGUUUACUUUACCUCUUACUUUUUCUUUGUGCAAUAUUAUUUAUAAAACAUUUGAAGCGUGUUUUCACGUUUCAUUUAUUUCCUUAAUUUAUUUUGUCUGUGUUAUUCUGUUUUUAUUCAGUAAUUCGCAGCAGUUAUAUUAGGAUAAACACCUAAAGAGAGUGUUUGUGUAAAGUUUCCUAUUGUAAGGCAUUGU